GGUCGCCGUUGCUCAUCCCAAACCUAUAAACCAUUCACUCGGGCAACGCUGUCUUCGUCUACCAAUCAUCUGCCGAGUUUUCCACUCAACGAACUGCUGGGCACUGCGCCGUGGUAUAAAUAGAACGCUUUCCCUUGUCUACGUCAUAUUUUGAAUUUUGCUCGGACACAUCAAGUCAAGGAGCAAAAUCUACUCCGUAGAGUCAUCGAUUAACCCUUCUUGUACGGUUCAUCAACAUAAUCGUCUUCAACAUGCGUGAAUGUAUCAGUAUCCACGUCGGACAGGCCGGAGUCCAGAUUGGAAACGCCUGCUGGGAGUUGUACUGCCUUGAGCACGGUAUCCAGCCUGAUGGCCAGAUGCCCAGUGACAAGACCAUCGGCAGUGGCGACGACUCCUUCAACACCUUCUUCAGUGAGACCGGUGCUGGCAAACACGUGCCCCGUGCCGUUUUCGUCGAUCUGGAGCCAACUGUCGUCGAUGAGGUCCGCACUGGCACCUACCGUCAACUUUUCCACCCUGAGCAGCUGAUCACUGGAAAGGAAGAUGCCGCCAACAACUACGCCCGUGGUCACUACACUGUCGGCAAAGAACAGAUAGACCUAGUUCUGGACAGAAUCCGUAAGCUGGCUGAUCAGUGCACAGGUCUGCAGGGUUUUCUGAUUUUCCACAGCUUCGGUGGUGGCACCGGCUCUGGCUUCACCUCCUUGCUUAUGGAACGUCUCAGCGUCGACUACGGCAAGAAGUCCAAGCUAGAGUUCGCCGUCUACCCGGCUCCCCAGGUGUCCACUGCUGUUGUUGAGCCCUACAACUCCAUCUUGACAACCCAUACCACCCUUGAGCAUUCCGACUGUGCUUUCAUGGUAGACAAUGAGGCCAUCUACGAUAUCUGUCGCCGUAACUUGGACAUAGAGCGUCCAACCUACACCAACUUGAACCGUCUGAUCGGCCAGAUUGUCAGCUCCAUCACAGCUUCCCUGCGUUUCGACGGUGCCCUGAACGUCGACUUGACCGAGUUCCAGACCAACUUGGUGCCCUACCCACGUAUCCAUUUCCCACUUGUGACAUACGCCCCUGUCAUCUCUGCCGAGAAGGCCUACCACGAGCAGCUGUCCGUUGCUGAGAUAGCCAGUGCUUGCUUCGAGCCUACAAAUCAACUGGUGAAAUGUGAUCCCCGUCACGGCAAAUACAUGGCCUGCUGUAUGCUCUUCAGAGGGGACGUCGUUCCAAAGGACGUGAACGCUGCCAUCGCCACCAUCAAAACCAAGCGUACCAUCCAGUUUGUGGACUGGUGCCCAACUGGUUUCAAGGUCGGCAUCAACUACCAGCCACCCACUGUCGUCCCCGGCGGUGACUUGGCCAAGGUGCAGCGUGCCGUGUGCAUGUUGAGCAACACCACCGCCAUCGCCGAGGCCUGGGCUCGUCUUGACCACAAGUUCGACUUGAUGUACGCCAAGCGUGCUUUCGUCCACUGGUAUGUCGGUGAGGGUAUGGAGGAAGGUGAAUUCUCUGAGGCUCGUGAGGAUUUGGCCGCUCUUGAGAAGGAUUACGAAGAGGUCGGCGUCGACUCGAACGAAGGCGGAGAUGAGGACGAAGAAGGAGAGGAGUAUUAAACAUCCCAAAAAAAGAAAGUCUUACAACCAAGCAUGACUUUGGCAUUAGUCUUAUCUUGGUUUUUUUCAGUGUCUCUGUGUCAACCAAAAAUUGUGCAAUUUUUCUCAGGUUUACUUUUGUUGUAAACCAAGAACAUAGAACUUUUAGAUUAUGACAACUUUUCCGGUGCAUAAUAAUUGGAAAUGUUAUUUUGAGUUUUAUUUUCAAUUACACCGACAGUUGUGGAAUAAAUAAAAAUCACUGAAACUAACA